AUGUCCCGCAAGCAGGCGGGCAAGGCCAGGCCCGCCGUUCCCGCCAACAAGAAGGGCCGCCGGCCCCGGCAGGCCCCCGCCGGAGCGGCCCCGGGCCCUGCUGCGGGCGGCGGCGGCGGCCUCGCCAGGCAGCUCCGGGCCCUCGGCCUCAAGCUGCGGGAGGUGCCGGGAGAUGGGAACUGCUUGUUCCGGGCGCUGGGGGAUCAGCUGGAGGGGCACUCCCGCAACCACCUGCGCCACCGCCAGGAGACCGUGCAGUUCAUGGUGCGGCAGCGCGCCGACUUCGAGCCCUUCGUGGAGGAUGAUGUGCCCUUUGACAAGCACGUUGCCAAUUUGGCCAAGCCUGGUACUUUUGCUGGCAAUGAUGCUAUUGUGGCCUUUGCAAGGAACAAUCAAAUGAAUGUGGUUAUUCAUCAGCUCGACACUCCACUGUGGCAGAUCCGGGGCACGGACAGGGGCGGCGCCAGGGAGCUGCACAUCGCCUACAGGCACGGCGAGCACUACGACAGCGUCCGCAGGCUCAGCGACGACUCGGAGGCGCCUGCACACCUUCGGAUGGAGAUGCUUUGCAAGGACGAUUCCAAUAAGGCAGAGGAAGUGAAGCCACAGAAGGGCAACUCUGAAGAUGAGACUGAGGUGGAGAUAGAAGAUGCUGUACAAAAAGUGUGCAGUGCAACUGGGUGUUCAGACAUGGAUUUAGUGAGCCACAUUCUUGAGGUGGAGGACUACAACGUGGAGUCUGCAAUAUUUGUCAUCUUGCAGAUGAAGGAAAUGGAAGGAAUAGGUGCUGAGGAGCAGCAGGAGCCCCCAGGCAGGGAGCAGAAACCCUGCAGCAGCACACUGUGGGAAGAGAAUGGAACUGGUUCAAGAGUCUUUGGAAAUCAGAGCUUGCAUCAAGGUGAAGCAGAGAACAACAAGGGACAAGGUGGAUCCAGGGAAGAGACCCGAGCCAGCAGGAACCCAAAGGGGGCCAAGAGGCAAAGGAAGGAGCAGCAGCGGCUGGAGAAGAAGAAGCGGCAGGAGGAGAGGCACAGGCAGAAGGUCCUGGCCACCAAGGGGGACAGUGCAGACACCAGCACAGAGACAGAGCCAGCCAGCCAUGUCACCCUGGUCAAGGCCAUGGCUGCCCUGAACAUAUGACUCAGUGCUCUGAUGAGAAAAGCAAAUAAAACUGAUGAAGACAAAAUUCCCCCAGGAGAAUUUCCAGGCACCCGUGUUUAUCUUGAAAUCCAUCUCUGCUGGGAUUUCCAAACACAAGAGAGCUUCCUCUUCCUUUGCUUGUGGGGAGGACAAAUGCCCAUUGAUUCUGCAUCAACCUGUGGUCAGAAGAGCUGUUUAAACUUAACAGGAAGUAGAGACUUGGGUCUGUAAUCUUGGAGUUACAUGAAGGUCAGGACCUUUUCUUCACACAACGGUGUCAGAUUUAUUUUGACAUCUCUUGAUGUGCCUGAUUUUGUUUUGGUUUUUUUCUUUUAUUUGGUUAUGCCUGGAGGAGCUUUAUUUUACCUCACUGUCAGGGUGUCAGACAAUCUCUUAACAAAUCUCAACUCAGGAAUAUCUCUAGUGGAUCUUUUUCUAUUUAAAUUCAAAUAAAGUAAGAAAACAGAGUCCCAGAA